UCUUGUUUUUUGUGUUAUUUUCAAUGAAGUGACGUCACAAGUUGAUGAUUCAGUCCCAAUGCUCAUCAAGAACCUGAAAUCCUCAUCUGGUUCCACGACCACAGAAUGGGAAGAGCUCUUACCACAGCUACAAAUGAUCAAAAAUACAUCGAAAAUCAAAAAAGACAAACUUUACAAAGUCGCCAAAAUCGUGAAGUAUCUUUUGACCGAGGAAAAAGAGAAUAAAGAAGCAACAGAAGAUGUUAAGAAGGAGCCAGAACUUCCAGAACUUCCAGAAAUUGAUAUUGAUAGCAUUGUAGAAGAAAGACUUCAGCCAAUCAAAGAAGUGGUAGAAAAUCAAUCGUAUAUGCUAGAUACAGUCAAAGAAAAUGACACAACAGUUAAAAACACAACAGACUUCUCUGAAGUAUUCAAGAAAAUCGCUAAAGCCUUAACAAAAUUAAAAGAUCAAUGCGAAAAAGAAAAAACACCAACUAUGAUGCCCAUCUUUCGACCCACAAAUGGCGGCCGCAGUGAUUUUACCCCGCCAAUUGAAACGUCACAAUUUGACAGCCCGAAGCCAAGAACUUAUUUUGACAUACCCUGUCAAAGAGCUUCCGACAUCUUGGGUGAAACUGCAAAUAUCCCGUUACCAAAAGAAAUGUUUUGCGAUAAACCAAAUGUGAAUUUAAAAUCUUUAGCUAAAAAUACGAAAUUAAAUUUAGAUAAUCUCCCUUUUAAAAAUAUUGUACCGAAUUCUGUAUCAGUUGUGGAUUCGGACGAUUCGGUAGCCAUUUUGUUUAAGCCUAAAAAUGUUUCUUUCAUGCAAAUGUAUGGGAAUCUGUUAAAAAAGAUAACUAUAACUGUUUUGGUACCUUAUUAUGUGUCCAAAUUGGCAAUUUAGAAUUUGACAAGUUA